AUGGCGACUAGUCAGCCGGCAGUUCGCGUCGAGCCCAUAACAACCCCAGACGACUUGCCCCGCUUCUUCGACAUAACGGCCGCGACAUUGGGUCAACAAACCUCGGACGGAAUCUUUUGCGCCUUUAAUCCUGGCUGGGAUAAUCCCGAGGGACGCGAGGCAGCAAUAUCGCGCAUUAUCUCCCGCUGGUUAUCGAUCACGACGGACCGAAAUGGGGAUUUGAACACGUUUUAUGUAAAGGCUACCGCUCCCCGCUCCGAUGGAAACGAGGAAAAGAUCGCAGGCGUAGCUAUCUGGGUGCAAAUGAGUAAUGUACAGGGAUACGGUGAAAAACCGUCCACGGGGCUGAAGCAGGAAUUGCUCGACAAGCUUUAUCCCGAUAAUCCGACCGAACAUCGGUAUCUGUGCCAGCUGGAUGCCUCGCUACACAGGCGGCGCCUUGAAGUUCUGCGGGAGAUUGAGAAUAGUGAUUCUCCUGCGGUUUUUGUGAUGGAUCUCUGUGUUGUUGAUCCGGCUUUCCAGAGGCGGGGCAUUGGGAGUAAGCUUGUGGAGUGGGGACUGGGGGAAGCGAAGAGGCGCGGGGGGCUUGAGGCUGUCACUGAGGCGUCGAGUAUGGGGAGGCAUGUGUAUCAGAAGCUGGGAUUUGUACAGGAGGGCCGAGACCUGGAGGCUUGGGUGGAUGACGAGUUUCGUGGGAGAAGCUGGCCGUCGAAUGUUUUUAUGCGCACGGGGAGACCUUAA